UAAGAAUUGUGAGUUGCUGACAUUUCAAUAUGAAGGACAACUUCACUCUUGCCACCAUCAGCAAAAAUGUCACCAGCAGUCUUCACUUUGGACUUGCCAAUGUCUCUGGCAACGAGUUUGCCUUUAACUGCUCCCACAAAUCAUCAGAUAAACAUUUAAGUGCAAUUCCCAUUCUGUACUACAUUAUUUUUGUGGUUGGAUUUCUUGUUAAUACUAUUGUGGUUACAUUGUUUUGUUGUCAAAAGGGUCCUAAAAAAGUUUCUAGCAUUUACAUCUUCAACCUGGCUGUGGCUGACUUACUCCUUUUGGCUACUCUUCCUCUCUGGGCAACCUAUUAUUCUCACAGAUAUGACUGGCUCUUUGGACCUGUGAUGUGCAAAGUUUUUGGUUCAUUUCUGACUCUGAACAUGUUUGCAAGUAUUUUUUUUAUUACCUGUAUGAGUGUUGAUAGGUACCAGUCAGUCAUUUACCCCUUUCUAUCUCAAAGAAGAAAUCCUUGGCAAGCAUCUUAUAUAGUUCCCCUUGUUUGGUGUAUGGCCUGUCUGUCCUCACUGCCAACAUUUUACUUCCGAGAUGUCAGAACCAUUGAAUACUUAGGAGUGAAUGCCUGUAUUAUGGCUUUCCCACCUGAGAAAUAUGCCCAAUGGUCAGCUGGAAUUGCCCUAAUGAAAAAUAUCCUUGGUUUUAUUAUUCCUUUAAUAUUCAUAGCAACAUGUUACUUUGGAAUCAGAAAACAUUUAUUGAAGACCAAUAGCUAUGGGAAGAACAGGAUCACCCGUGACCAAGUCCUGAAGAUGGCAGCUGCUGUUGUUCUGGCGUUCAUCAUCUGCUGGCUUCCCUUCCAUGUUCUGACCUUCCUGGAUGCUCUGGCCUGGAUGGGUGUCAUUAAUAGCUGUGAAGUUAUAGCAGUCAUUGACCUGGCACUUCCUUUUGCCAUCCUCCUGGGAUUCACCAACAGCUGCGUUAAUCCCUUUCUGUAUUGUUUUGUUGGAAACCGGUUCCAACAGAAGCUCCGCAGCAUGUUUAGGGUUCCAAUUACUUGGCUCCAAGGCAAGAGAGAGAGUGUAUCUUUCCGAAAAAGCAAUUCUCUUAGAGAAAUGGACACCUUCGUGUCUUAAACCUGAUAGUGGAACGCAUUUAACCAACAUAGCUAC